AUGUAUUGGUGGACGGGUUCGCUGGCGGUCUUGGUGCUGUUGACAAUCCUCCUUGAAGUUGGUGGUGGAGAGGGUCUCAGAAACUCUGUGAUAUGCAAGAAGACAUGGCUGGACGAGGUCGUUGGUGGUCUUGGUGCUGUUCACGAUCUCCUCGAAUCUGGCGGCGGAGAUGUUGCGGAGCCGUAUAAGAACAUAUGGCUGGACGAGGUCGCUGGCGGUAUUGGUGCUGUUCACGAGCUCGCUGGCGGUCUUCGUGCUAUUCACGAUCUCUUUGAAUUUGGUGGCGGAGGAGAUACCUAG